AAAAAGGCAAAUCGGCCAGAAAAAGAACGGAGGAGAAAAAGCGACAAGGAGAGAGGAGAAAGGGAAGGACGAGGAGGAGAAGGAGAAAAAUGUGGAAGAACAAGAACAAGAAGAAUAAGGAGUAGCAAGAGGAGAAGGAGAAGAAACAUAAGGAAUGGAAGGAGAUGGAGAAAGCGGAGGAUGAGAAGCAACAGGAAAUGCAUGGGAAAAAGGAGGAAGAGAUGCAGAAGAAGAACUAGAAGACAAGGAAGAAGAAGAAUGAGGGAGGAGAAGAAAAAGGAUGAGAAGAAGAAGGAGAAACAGGAAAAUCGACAGGAAAAAGAAAGGAAGAGGAGUAGAUUGAGGAAGGAGGAGUGGCAAGAGGAGAAGAAGAGAGAGAAGGAAGAAAAGCAAGAGGAAAAACAGGAGAAAAAGGAGAGAAGAGAAGUCACUCGGAAGAUCAAGACUCGUCAAUUUGCUUGGAGGCUGUCGGUGGGUUGGGUUCUUGGUGGUUUGAUUCUUGGUUUAUUUGAUUCUUGGUUUAUCGCUGGUGGUUUGUUGGUGGAACUAGUUGGGUUGUUUGUGGAAGCUGUGCUGGUGAAGCUGUGUUGGUGGAGGAUGUCUGUGGGCAGUGGGUUUGUCACUGGGUGCUUGCCGGUGGAGACUGGUUUGGUGUUGCUUGUUGAUGGCCGGGUGGUUUCGUCGUGUUGCUUGUUUGGCGGAGGCUAG